GAGAGCUGGAGAUAGCCGAUCAUCGAGAAAUAAUUCCACUCAGAGAGAGAGAGAGAGAGAGAGAGAGAGGGGAGUAGCAAUUCUUUCUUCGCAAACAGAUUAGGAGAGAGAACUGUCGUUUUGCAGACAGUGUUGGGUGGUUUUAUCAAAUCCACUGAUUCCCAUGCACACGCGUCUUUAAAAUCGCUCACAACUGAACUACCACCACCUCCCUCAAAGCCCACAACCUCCGUGUCUCUCUGUGUGCGUGCCUAUGUUUAUUUCUGACCCUCUCUGCAGCUCCAUGGCGAUUUUUCAGGACUGACGAUGGAUUACGUCUGAGUUUGUGGGAGAGAGAGAGAGAGAGUGAAGGGGGCAGUAUUCACUCGCUCUUGGGUGUUUUUUGUUUUUUUUGUAUUACGCAGGGGUUUUUGGGGCCUGGUUUAUAAUCUGUGCAAAUUUGAUUUUAUUAUUUGAGGGUCUUGUUUGCAAGGCUCUAAAAAUUAAAAUCCUUUCGGUGGUAGGAACCAUUUUAGCUGAAAUAGCCGUGCGGAACGCACAUAUCCAAAACGAUAAAAAAAAUAAAGGAGGAAACAAAAGCUAGCCAUAAAGAGGAACAAAAAUACAAAACCUUCUUUGUUAUUGCUGUCUGGUGCAUGCACGUCCGGUCCUUCUGAUCAUGACUGGUGAGAGUCUCUUUGCAUGUCGGUUGUGAGCAUGGGUGAUUCUUGCUGAACAAAAUAGCGAGGAAGAAAGAGCGAGAAAGUCGGGGAAAAGGUCCCUUUCUCAUUUUUUAUUGGGUUUCUGUGAGUCUUCAGAAAAUGGAGUUUACAGAGGAUUAGCAGGGGCAGGUUUCAUGGAGCCUCUUUUGGGUGUUCUGGUUUCCGGGUUUCAUCAGAAUGUUGGAUUUGACUAUACUACCACCCUUUUCUCCGAUAGUCAUUAAUACAAAGAAAGAUCACGACUUUUUUCGGUGGUACUAUAAGAUUCUGAGGUAUGCUGAGGAAGAGGUCAAGAGCAACAAGCAGCAAGCAGGCUUCAAUGGCAGACUCUAGUCCCCUCCCAUCCCCCACAGGCAAAUACAGACAACCCACUUCGUCUCUCUUCAUUUGCCCAAGGUUGUUCACUAAUCUCUCUCCAAAAUCGUUGUCUGAAACCGAGGCCGUGAUGAGCCCCACUUCCAUACUCGAUAGCAAGCCAUUCUCUGGUCUCAGAAACCCCUUUUGGUCCGAAACAAACACCCCCAGAAACCCAGAACCCGAAACAAAACGCCACUGGGACAAUUUGAACUCCAAAGCCAUUGGUCUAGCUAUUGUGGAUGCUCUCAAUGAAGAAAGAUUUGACUCCAAACUAUCCAAACCUGAAAGCCGAAUGGUUCUCUUUGGUUCCCACCUUAAGAUUCAGAUCCCUCAUCCUCCAAAUUCGGUUCUUUCACCUGCUGAAUCGCCCAAAUCUCCCGCCGAUUUUGGCAUCAAGACGAGGAAUUCUCAACUGGAUUCAUCUUCUUCCGGCUUUUCUCAGUCACCGGCGAAGAAAUCCAUAUUCGGUUCUGGGAAUUCAGGUAUAGAGACUCCAAAUUCUUCCCGGGUUUUCGCGGGAUGUCUUUCUGCAAGUGAUAUGGAGCUCUCAGAGGACUAUACUUGUGUGAUAUCCCAUGGGCCUAACCCCAGAACCACCCAUAUUUUUGAGGAUUGCAUUGUUGAGAGCUGCUGUGCUGAGGUUGCGUUCUCUAGUUUCGGAAAAGAAGAUGGGUUUUUAGCUGACCAGUCGUCCAGCUAUCCGUCUGAAAGUUUUCUCAGUUUCUGUUACUCUUGCAAGAAGAAUCUUGAUCAGGGAAAAGACAUUUACAUGUACAGAGGUGAGAAAGCUUUCUGCAGCAGGGAGUGCCGCCACCAGCAGAUGGUUUUGGAGGAGGGAAUGGAUAAAUUGGGACCCAAUGAUGAUGGGACCUGUUCCUGAUAGCUAUCUGAAUCUCCAUUAAUCUUGCUUGUUCCAAAGAACCAUAAAAGAAAACGAGAAACUUAAUAAGGGAAAUCUUUGUAUCGUCGGUUCUCCUUACCGAAGAUAAGGAUGGUCCUUGAAUUUCCUGGGAAAUUGAGCGUGCUUUGGUGUAAUCUCACUCAUAUUCUCUUGUUUGCUUUUACUUCUUGAUACUCUUCCUGUAAGGAGGACUAAAAGGGCUUUAGAUAUUGUAGAGUUGAUGAUUUUGUUGAAUUGAAAAAUAGGCGAUGCUGUUGGGUUUGUCCACA